AUGGCUACUUCAAAGAAUGACGCAAUGUGCUCAAAGAUACAACCACCAGUAACACGAUCAGCGUCAAGGAAAAACAAGAAUGCUGCAAGUGGAAAUAAUUCAGAAUCUGGAGCUGCAGGUCAAGGAGCUGGGGAAGCAAAAAGGCAUUUGUAUCAUUGCAAUUACUGUAAUUUCGAUAUUACAGGAAAAAUCCGGAUUAAGUGUGUCGUGUGCUCAGAUUUCGACUUAUGUGUUGAGUGCUUUUCGGUUGGAGCUGAGCUGACACCCCACAAAAGCAAUCAUGCUUACAGGGUCAUGGAUAAUUUAUCUUUCCCUCUCAUUUGCCCGGACUGGAACGCAGAUGAAGAAAUUUUGCUUCUAGAGGGACUUGAAAUGUAUGGCAUGAAUAACUGGGCAGAAGUUGCUGAGCAUGUUGGAACAAAGAACAAAGAGGCAUGCACUGAACACUAUAGGAUUGUGUACUUGGACUCUCCGUGCUUCCCUCUUCCGGACAUGUCUCAUGUUGUUGGAAAAAGUAGGGAAGAACUUCUUGCUAUGGGGAAAGAGCAGGCUGAUAACAAGAAAGGAUCGGAUUCUGGGCUCUCAGUGAAGGCACAUGCUGCAGCUAGGACUAACCAAAAGGCGUCCAGUAGAGGCCGCGAAAAAGACUCCUCAAGAAAUUCUGGAGGAAAUAAGCCAAAAUCCUCAAGAAACGACAGCCCUUCUUUGGUUGAAGCCAGUGGUUAUAACCCGAAAAGGCAGGAAUUUGAUAUUGAGUAUGAUAAUGAUGCUGAGAAAUUACUCGCCGAUAUGGAGUUUAAUGACUCUGACACUGCGGACGAGAUAGAGAUCAAACUUCGUAUGAUACGUAUCUAUAAUAGAAGGCUUGAUGAAAGAGAGCGCAGGAAGAAAUUCAUACUUGAAAGGAAUUUGCUCUAUCCAAAUCCAUUUGAGAAGGACUUAACACCCGAGGAAAAGGCAAUCUGUCGUCAAUAUGAUGUGUUCAUGCACUUUCAUACUAAGGAAGCGCACGAAGAAUUGCUUACAACCGUUAUCUCGGAACACAGACUUAAGAAAAAAAUUCAAGAGCUUAAGGAAGCUCGUGCUGCUGGAAAAAGGAGAAGAACUGAAGCUGAAGAAAGUGCCCUUAGGGCAAGAGAAAGUGCUUAUGUUGUUCCGAGAAAUCGCGGGGUUCCAAAUGCAUUGAUGUCUCCAGACUCUGCUGAUCCUAGACCUGCAGGGCGAGCUACUUCAAGUUCUGUCAAUGAAAUGGAUGCAACAGGAGCAAAUUUACUUUCUGAAGCUGAGAAACGUUUGUGCUGCGAGUUAGGGUUGCCUCCAACUGUGUAUCUGAAGAUGCAGGAGGACCUGUCGAUACAAAUGAUUGCUGGCAACGUCUCUUCAAAAUCCGAUGCUCAUCGGAUGUUCCAGAUGGAUACCAUGAAAGUUGACAUGGUUUAUGAUAUGCUCAUUAAGAAGGGAUUUGGUUCACCCUGAGAACCC